AUGCGCCUCAUCCCCCGAUGGCUGCAAUGCCUCUGGUGGAGGUUUUCAUCUCCCGCAUAUCCCGUCUUUCCCCCGCCGACGCCCGAAGAACUCCUCGCGCAUCCCAAUGUCCACCGUGAACGACUCUUCAAACGCGUCCAUCGAAUCCCUAAAGGCGAAUCGGAAGACACACCAUUAUUUUCACUCUACCGUCUGUAUGAGCACCUGGUUCUGAACGACAACGUUGGCCUACGCAACGAAAUCGAGUAUUUCUGGUACGCGAAGUGGCCGGUUGCCGCCAUCCCUGACCCCCACGACGCAUCCGCAUCUCGCUACGCGGUCCUUUCAGCCAUCCCAGCAUUGUUGGUUGAAUCAUUCAACCGGCGGAUUGAGUUGGGUCUGCCGCGGAAAGCAGACGCCAUUAUCUCACGCGAGGAAUUGGAACAGUACCAGAAGGAGGACAGGAUCUUCGAGUCGGUCCCAGAGUGGACGAGUAAAGUGGCCCGGUUAGAAGAGACCUUGGUGAUUCCUCAUGAGAACAGUGAGGUACUGGAAUCAUUCGCGGAUGAGCGGGCCAGUGCUCAACUGGCCGCGAAAAAUAUCCUGCAUUGGCAACCUCAUAUUCACUUUGUUUAG